UUGUGUUUUAUUCGUUUUCGUCGCUCGACUGAAACAAGCAAGAACUUCAUCAUGUCUGGAAGAGGCAAAGGCGGUAAAGGACUCGGAAAAGGAGGCGCCAAGCGUCACCGUAAAGUGCUUCGCGAUAACAUCCAGGGAAUCACCAAACCCGCCAUUCGUCGUCUAGCUCGCCGCGGCGGAGUCAAGCGCAUCUCCGGUCUGAUCUACGAAGAGACCCGCGGUGUGUUGAAGGUGUUCCUGGAGAACGUGAUCCGCGACGCCGUCACCUACACCGAGCACGCCAAGAGAAAGACCGUCACCGCCAUGGACGUUGUGUACGCGCUCAAACGACAGGGACGCACCUUGUACGGCUUCGGAGGAUAAACCGCUUCAGAUCCGAGAACAAACCCAACGGCUCUUUUAAGAGCCACCCACACUCUCACUUAAAGAGUUUAAUUUACAGUUUUACAAUGUUAAAUUCAAUUCCAAUAAUGAAAAUGUUGAGGGUUUAUGGACAAACUCGUUUUUGUCAAGUUUGAUGCAAGGCUGUGUAAAACACCGAAAAUAAAAACAUUUUCAUGUUUAACUUAUUCAUCUUAUAUUUUAUUUGUAACUGUUUCUGUUAUGUUUUCAUCGUUUUUUCUGUGGAAGCUUCUGUCACCAAAAUACAUUUAUUUUGUGAAUAAACAUACCGAGUAAAAAUA